AUGUAUUUCUUCGGUUUGUCUAAAGAAGAAGUGUUGUCACAGAAACAUGUUGUAUCAUAUAAAGAGACUUCUAAGCAGAAUCCAAUCAGUAUGGUCACUCUAUUUGGGAGACAGGUGUAUCAGGUGAAAAGCGAGAGCUCCAAGUCCGAUGAUGGAUAUAUGAGGAUAAACUCACCUAAGCUUCUGAUGAAAGAUAUCGAUCUUCGACUUCCUGCAGAUCAUUACUCUUAUAGCAACCUUCAUGAGACACUUGAUUCUGGAAAAGUUUACGGUAUUUGUGGUUCCCGAAAUACGGUAGAAUUAGGAUUUCAUUCGAGGCUUGAAGCUAAUAAGGCGAAUGAAGCAUCAGCCACGAAUUGGGGUGGGAAGAGAAACCCAAAAAUUGUUAUUGAUCUUGAGGAACUUCCCGAAACAGAGCAUGAGGCUUCUGUUAGCUAUGUUACUGUGAGAAAUCCUGAAACAAGACCGUCAUUCUUGUCUGAUCGGAUCAGCUCAAACAUACUGAAGGUGGUGGAUCAAUCAUUGGUUGAGGAUGAUAGUGAUAUAACAACUAAUAAGGACCAAGGUUUAUUGGAUCUUAACAAAACCCCGGUUGAUGAGUCGAUUUCCGAGCCUCAUCACUUCUUCUUACAAGAUCUGAACUGUCCGUAUAUCGAAGAGACAGAAACGAGCUGUGAGAAGAGCGGAAUAGAUGAUGGUCCUACACCGCUUUGCUCUCCUAAAUGCCAAAAUGUCCAUGAAAAAGACGGUACAGCAUCUCCAGCUUCAUAUACUUCUUGCUGUACCACAGAAAACAAUUUGAGGACCGAGUCAAGAAGAAGUUCCUCUCCUCGAGCACUGGAUCCUUCUUGCCGUAUCCGACUUGAGUUUUCUGCCACGGAAGUCUUACUGGAGAACGAAUGUUGUAACGAAGAGGAAGAGUUGUCUGAAAUCAUUCAAAUGGCAGCUCAAUCAUUAGUCCACAUAUCAGCGAUUUCAUAUCAAAAUCAAGACUUGCAAUCAAAGCCCGUCUCGAGAACCAACAGCUCAUCUCGAGAUCAAGACUUUCCAGAUAAACCCGAGAUGGGUAAAUCAGAACCGGGGUGUUCAUGCGAUUCAUAUGAGCUACACACACUAGGAAUAAGCGAAACCAACACCGAAGAAGACUGCUGUGUGUCAUCAAUGGCUCUAGAUGAGCUUAAUACCAUCACGAGAGAUAACAACAAAGAGAUUGGACUCAAGCUAAGAAGAGGGAGAAGAAUGAAGAACUUCCAGAAAGAGAUACUCCCGAGCUUAACGUCGCUCUCUAGGCACGAGAUCCGCGAAGACAUUAACAUCUUGGAAGCGGUUUUGAGAUCAAGAGAGUACAAGAAGAUGCAGGGAAAGACAAAACACGUCAAAUUCGGAGCAAACCCGAGAAACAAACGUUCGGCGUCUCAGAGGUACGUCGGUAAAAGAAGGUGA